AUGAGUGAGUGGAUGGCCAGGGCGGAUGAGCGGCCGACGAGAUGGUGUCGAACAGCUUCCGUCACAUUAAUGGCGGCUGAAAUUCGGUCGGGCGCCGGGAAUAACUGGGCGAAAGGGCACUACACCGAGGGGGCUGAGCUGAUCGACUCCGUGCUUGAUGUUGUCAGGAAGGAAGCUGAGAACUGCGACUGCCUCCAGGGAUUUCAAGUUUGCCACUCGUUGGGAGGUGGCACAGGAUCUGGCAUGGGAACACUGCUGAUAUCCAAGAUAAGAGAAGAAUACCCUGAUCGGAUGAUGCUGACUUUCUCCGUAUUCCCUUCACCCAAGGUCUCUGAUACUGUGGUGGAGCCCUACAAUGCAACCCUCUCUGUGCACCAGCUUGUUGAGAAUGCCGAUGAGUGCAUGGUCCUCGACAAUGAGGCUCUUUAUGAUAUCUGUUUCCGAACUCUCAAGCUCACUACCCCUAGUUUUGGAGACUUGAACCACUUAAUAUCAGCAACAAUGAGCGGCGUGACCUGCUGCCUCCGUUUUCCCGGCCAGCUUAACUCCGACCUCCGGAAGCUAGCUGUCAACCUUAUCCCCUUCCCUCGACUCCACUUUUUCAUGGUCGGUUUUGCCCCCCUCACGUCCCGUGGGUCCCAGCAGUACCGAGCCCUGACCGUCCCUGAGCUGACCCAACAAAUGUGGGACGCGAAGAACAUGAUGUGUGCAGCCGACCCGAGACAUGGCCGCUACCUAACUGCCUCUGCAGUCUUCCGGGGCAAGAUGAGCACUAAAGAAGUCGACGAACAAAUGAUCAACGUUCAGAACAAGAACUCGUCAUACUUUGUGGAGUGGAUUCCAAACAAUGUGAAGUCGACCGUUUGUGAUAUUCCCCCGACAGGACUGAAAAUGGCUUCGACUUUCAUCGGGAACUCGACUUCCAUUCAGGAGAUGUUUAGGAGGGUUAGUGAACAAUUCACAGCCAUGUUCAGGCGAAAGGCUUUCUUGCACUGGUACACUGGGGAAGGGAUGGACGAGAUGGAGUUCACAGAAGCUGAGAGCAACAUGAAUGACCUAGUUGCCGAGUACCAGCAGUAUCAGGAUGCUACUGCUGAUGAGGAGAAUGUCCAUUGCCAGCCCCUGAAGAGUAUUAUAAUAAGAUAUGAUGAUAACAAUCCGACUGAUCAUUAA